UUAAUUAUUAUUUAAUACGAUUGAUGUGAAAUUAACAAUUUUUCAUAUGACUAUAAUCUUAUAAUUAGAAUUUUAAUCAUAAAGUAAUAAAAUUGGCUAUAUUAUAAGAGACGAUUUUAAUGCUCGACUAAAGUGGCUAUAAAUAAUACGUGCAAUGCACAAAAAUGUGGAUUAUUCUUGGAACAGAAUUGAUGUUAUCUCGGAGGUAGCAUUCGUUGAGAGAACUGUUACAGGCAAGCUUAAGUGGUACAUUAUUACAAUGCAUAAUGUACAAAUAAAUAAUAUCGUUUAGCCUUAUUCUAAAUGGAUUGUAAAUGUUUGUGUUCUACAACACACAUAUCUGAGAUUUGAUUCUACGGUAUUUAUAUUAUAUAAUAUGUAAUUAUCUAAUACUCGUUGCAAAUUCAGAAUUUUUAUUAUGAAGCAAAGAAAUAUUUGCUUAUGAUAAAUUGUAUAAUUUAAUGUUAAAAAAAGAUUUGAUAAAAUUAUACCUAUGGGUGUCUCAAAGAUGCUUAAACGUUUGUUAUAUACAAAUUUUGUACUAUGUGGUUCGAAGGCCAUAGGAAUUUUGGCACCUUUAACGAUACCUCCCUUACACAUAGCUUUUUUAUAUUAUUUUUGGCAAGAGUACACCCGUGAUGUUGACAAACAAUAUUGUUCAUGUUCGUGCUGGGAUACAGUGUUUAAAGGAUCAUAUGAAUCAGGAAUUGCCUCUUAUAAGCAUAUGUACUUUAAUGCUACUAUGAAUAGUUUAAAAAUAUGGAUUACCAUAGUUAUUGGCGUUGUUACUUUCUAUGAAACAGUUAAGUACUUGAUAUGGUUGGCGUUUCAACAGCGCCUCAGACUUAGUAUGAUGUUACUUUUUUCAACCGCUAUUUUCUCACAUUAUUACUCAUGGUGGGUGUAUAUUAAUUAUUGGAACGACGAUUUCUACUCUCAGUGGUAUCAUCAACUAUUUUUUUCUAUCACUGAGUUGAUAUCAACCUUUCUGGUUGUUCACUUGGCAGACAAAAAACAUCUUAUAACUCAUAGAAAAGCUUUUGGAAUAAUUGCCAUUGCAAUUUUGCAUAUUGUAGCAGGUGGUUGGGAUCAGUUCGUUGCCAAUGUUGUAAGAGGAGAAGGAUAUGCACACCAGGUUGUACGAGAUUUGGGAUUUAUGAUCCCCGAUAUUCUUCAUGUUGCUGUUCCUCUGUGGUCCAUGCAGUGGAAGAAUGCUUAUAAUCUUCCAGGAUCUAGUACACGAGAUCCUAGCAUUAGAAGAGAUCUUGCUUAUAUGUUAGGCAUGAUAUUAAUAGGACUGUGUGUUUGUGCCAUUUUAUAACAUGGUAAAUCAAACUUCAAAACGUGGUAGUGUCCUCAAAGUUAGGAAGAAUAUCUUCAUUGUUUCUAUGUUUCUAUUGCUUUUUGAAAAAGAGCUUUUCAAAAAUCUCAUAACUUUAAUAUUUAAUGUCUCGAUUGAAAGUAAUGAUACUCAUUGUGAACACUUAUCAAGUAGCGAUCAAAAAAUAAUACUAUUAUUUAUUUCAUUAAAAAUAUCAUAUUUUUGAUGUUUGACUGAAAUCUUACAACGUAGUUUAAAUAGCGUAUUUCUAGGGUAUAUAGAAGAAACAUCCAAAGAUUUUAAAUCAAAAUCAUUUGAAAUAUUUUUUUUACCUCAAUAGUACAAAUAGCUACAUUUAUUUAUUCCCUUUCUAAGUAGAAUAUAUUAGAUAAACGCUUUCUAGUUUAGUAUUCGUAGGAAUGUAAGUGACACAACUUGUGACUUCCAUAGAUUGCGUUUGUACCCUAUUAGCACAAUCAUAUCAUGUAUAUAGAAUUUUUCUAAUUUAAAAAUGUAGUUUGAAUAUUUAACAACCAAGAAACAUAAAAAACAAAAAAAAAACAUUUCUUAACUAAUUAUUAUAUUAAUCUUUUAACUUUUUUGGAAUAUAAAAGAUAAUUUUUCAAAUGGCUAUAAAAGUAGUUUAAACGGAUAUAAUACGAUAAAUAUGAUUUUGUUAAAAAAAUAUCUUAGCUUUUAGAGAUACUACAAGAAUUUCCCUCAUAUCGUUAAUAUUUUUAUAAUAUUUCGUCCCUCUUUUCAUUAUCUUAAACAAUAGUUAUAUAUUAAAACUUGGCAGUCUGUUAUUUUGUAGAUGGAUCUAGAAUGAACAGUGAAAUCGUUUGUAAACCUAUGAAUGUAUUUAUUGCACGAUAAGUGUGGCUAUACUUAUAGUAAUUAGUAUAUAUCAUCAUAAUUUUGAAAAAGGACAAAAGAGUCAAUUGAAAAAAUGAUAUCAAGGGAUAACAUAUCAUUGUGUAUCCAUUUAAUAUGCUCUCUGUUGAAGAUAAGAAAAUAGAGUUAAUAUCAAAGUGAACAUGGUAUAAUUGAUAUUAUAUUGAAAAUGAUAUUUGGUAAAGGAGGCUUAAUAUUUGAAGUGCCUAACAACGCUGCGCAGUAACUAUAUCAGUUACUGUUACUCAUUGUCUGUAUAUCGAGUGCCAGAAUGAUAUUGUAAGAUUGUCUCAUAUAUAAGUGCCAAGGCAACAAUGAAAUGAAAUAAUAUAAUGAAACAAACGUGAAGUAAA